ACUUCCGAUUUAUUCUAGACUCAUCAAAAACAUCAUGUCUGGCAGAGGAAAGAGUGGAAAGGCCCGCACCAAGACAAAGACGCGCUCAUUCCGUGCAGGGCUCCAGUUUCCAGUAGGACGUGUUCAUCGGUUUCUCCGAAAGGGCAACUAUGCAAAGAGGGUCGGCGGUGGAGCUCCUGUCUACAUGGCUGCCGUCCUAGAGUACCUCACUGCCGAAAUCUUGGAACUCGCAGGCAACGCUGCCCGCGACAACAAGAAAUCUAGGAUCAUCCCACGCCACCUUCAACUCGCUGUGCGUAAUGAUGAAGAACUCAACAAGCUUUUGGGUGGGGUGACGAUCGCUCAAGGUGGUGUUCUGCCCAACAUCCAAGCCGUGCUGCUCCCCAAGAACACCGCUAAAUCAAGCUAGAGUUUGCUCCCGGCAAUCUUGAAACCUCAACGGCCCUUAUCAGGGCCACCAAU